AUGGGGGGAAGAGUCAGGUUUGAUCAAACCAAGCCCAUUGACGACCCGACAGUCUGGUAUCCGCAUCCAGAUCUGUGGGUUAAGUUCGACCCUAGCAGCAAAGGUCGAUCCGGCGACGGCGAUGAUGAUAACCCUAACGACUAUGCAUUCGCGCUUGGAUUCUGCCGACUUUGCGAAACUGAAUCUAUUUCUAACAAGAUCUUCAACUACGCCAUGGAUGCCGGCGGGAGUAUCGACUCUUCGUACUAUCGUCAGCUUUUGAUCUGGGUUGGCGAUUACAACAAGGAGGUAGCGGACAUCCAGCGGCAAAUCGAGGCAGCUGACCAAUUUUGCCAUCGAGAAGACCGGAAGAAGAUCCGAGAGACAGCUUACUACGUCUGGAUUCCCUUUGCGGGUACCAUCGCUGGCAUCACCGUAGAUGUAUUGGCCGAAAAUGAUAUCAAGCGAUUGACGGGGAUCUUGGAGAGGGUUCAAGCCCUGAUUCUUGAUUAGGAGCGAUCAAGCCAAGAUAGAGAAUGCGAAAAUGAUGAGUUCUGAC